ACUAUGACAGGGCUCUACGAGCUGGUGUGGCGGGUGCCGCACGCGCUGCUCUGCCUGCACCGCACGCUCCCCUCCUGGCUCCGCGGCCGUUUCGGCACCUGGAACUGGAUCUGGCGGCGCUUCUGUCGCGCCGCCUUCGCCGCGGUCCUAGCGCCGCUCGGCUUCACGCUCCGCUGGUCCCCGGCAGUGGGCAGGAACCGGCGUCACCACCGUCACCCGCACUGGGGGCCGGCCGCCGCCCAUCCCCGGCUGCGCUGGCGAGCUGACGGCCGGUCCCUGGAGAAGCUGCCUGUGCACAUGGGCCUGGUGGUCACCGAGGAGGAGCAGGAGCCCAGCUUCUCCGACAUCGCGAGCCUCGUGGUGUGGUGUAUGGCAGUGGGAAUCUCCUACAUUAGCGUCUAUGACCACCAAGGUAUUUUCAAACGAAACAAUUCCAGAUUGAUGGAUGAAAUUUUAAAACAACAACAGGAACUUUUGGGGCUAGAUUGUUCCAAAUACUCACCAGAGUUUGUAAAUAGUAAUGACAAAGAUGAUCAAGUUUUAAAUUGCCCUUCGGCAGUGAAGGUGCUGUCCCCAGAAGAUGGAAAAGCAGAUAUUGUGAGAGCUGCUCAGGACUUUUGCCAAUUAGUAGCCCAGCAGCAAAAGAGGUCCACAGAUUUGGAUGUAGAUACGUUAGAUGGUUUACUUUGUUCAAAUGGUUUCCCUGAUCCUGAUUUAGUACUGAAGUUUGGUCCUGUGGAUAGCACAUUAGGUUUUCUUCCCUGGCAGAUCAGAUUGACUGAGAUUGUCUCUUUGCCUUCUCACCUAAACAUCAGCUAUGAGGACUUUUUCUCUGCCCUUCGUCAGUAUGCAGCCUGUGAACAGCGUCUGGGAAAGUAGUGAUUCCUGCUUGCAUAGUUUGAUUUCAGGCUUUUAGAGAAAAGGACCCAAGUGACUCUGAUGUUUACAAAGUACCUAUAAAACCAAGUAUACAUCUAGUUUAUAUUUCUCAUAAUUUAUCAACAAACUAAAAUAAGUGUCUUAUCUGAGAGUGAGUGUAUGUGUGCGUGUGUAUGAGUGUGUGCCACGUGCAUGUGAGUAUGGAUAUACUUAAAAUUGGGGGAACUGCUGGAGAAUGAAGUCAUAGACCUACAACUAUGAGCAAAUAGCAGCAAUGUUUUAGGAGCUGAGAGUUCAGAUUUAAAGGCUUCAGACCCUACUACUUCCCUGUUUUGUGGGGAGUGGAGGGAGUAAUUAAACUUGUUUCAGUUGCAGGAGCUAAUUUUUGUUCAGUCUUUCAUAGUGACCAAACUUUGUAAUUUAUAAGGAUAUAUUGACUUAUUAAGUGGAAAUAUUCUGAUUGUGAGGGAGCUUCUGAAGAGUGAAGACUUGUGGGUCAUAUUGCUCACCUUCAGAGCAGAGAGAAUAUCUCUUUGGAUAUCCGUCCAUUUUCACUUCUUCUGACAUUAGAAUCAAAGUGCUGUGGUAUCUUGUUCUGGGGUGUGAAGAUCAUUUCAAAAGGAACACUUUCAACAUUUCAGUAAAUACUGAAUUAGGCAGUCAAAAAAAAAAAACAAAGUAUAUGGAAUCUUAAAA